AGAUGUAUUUGACAUGUGAUUUGGACAUAUACAGUGAUGAAGCAUACUUACUUUUGUACAAAAAAUGUGAAUCUGAAAGUCCUCAUAAAAACAGCACUCAGAUCUGUAAUAGCCCUGAAGACACAGGACCGGACGUUUCUUUCAGUGCAGGCUCAAAACGUAAAAGGGACACUUUCUUUGUGGUCAGGAGACAGAAAGUCCAGAGAAAAGAGAAAAAUAAUGAACACUCUGAAAAUUAGACAAUGCAGUGAGCAUGACUCUCAGUCUACAGUGAGUAAUGAGCAAAAUCACCCGAAUAACAGUGAUUCUGACUCUGAGACUGAAGCAAACACCUCACAAACCAUGCCAGUAGAACCUGUACCAGAUAGAGAUAUGAAGUCAAUUGAUGCUGAUUACAAUCAACCAACACCAAACAAUUCAUCUGGUGAGAUGGAACGUCAGUCCAGUGAAAGUGAGUGUGAAAAAGGGAAAGACCAGCAAGAUCGGGAAGUUCUCUGGAAAAACAGAGAUUCUAACCCUGAGACUGAAGCAAACACCUCGCAAACCGUGCCAGAUGAACCUGUACCAGAUAGAGAUAUGAAGUCAAUUGAUGCUGAUCACAAUCAACCAACACCAAACAAUUCAUCUGGUGAGAUGGAACGUCAGUCCAGUGAAAGUGAGUGUGAAAAAGGAAAGACCAGCAAGAUCGGGAAGUUCUCCGGAAAAACAGUGAUUCUGACUCUGAGACUGAAGCAAACACCUCGCAAACCGUGCCAGAUGAACCUGUACCAGAUAGAGAUAUGAAGUCAAUUGAUGCUGAUCACAAUCAACCAACACCAAACAAUUCAUCUGGUGAGAUGGAACGUCAGUCCAGUGAAAGUGAGUGUGAAAAAGGGAAAGACCAGCAAGAUCGGGAAGUUCUCUGGAAAAACAGAGAUUCUAACCCUGAGACUGAAGCAAACACCUCGCAAACCGUGCCAGAUGAACCUGUACCAGAUAGAGAUAUGAAGUCAAUUGAUGCUGAUUACAAUCAACCAACACCAAACAAUUCAUCUGGUGAGAUGGAACGUCAGUCCAGUGAAAGUGAGUGUGAAAAAGGGAAAGACCAGCAAGAUCGGGAAGUUCUCCGGAAAAACAGUGAUUCUGACUCUGAGACUGAAGCAAACACCUGCAAACCGUGCCAGAUGAACCUGUACCAGAUAGAGAUAUGAAGUCAAUUGAUGCUGAUCACAAUCAACCAACACCAAACAAUUCAUCUGGUGAGAUGGAACGUCAGUCCAGUGAAAGUGAGUGUGAAAAAGGGAAAGACCAGCAAGAUCGGGAAGUUCUCCGGAAAAACAGUGAUUCUAACCCUGAGACUGAAGCAAACACCUCACAAACCGUGCCAGAUGAACCUGUACCAGAUAGAGAUAUGAAGUCAAUUGAUGCUGAUCACAAUCAACCAACACCAAACAAUUCAUCUGGUGAGAUGGAACGUCAGUCCAGUGAAAGUGAGUGUGAAAAAGGGAAAGACCAGCAAGAUCGGGAAGUUCUCUGGAAAAACAGUGAUUCUAACCCUGAGACUGAAGGAAACACCUCACAAACCGUGCCAGUAGAACCUGUAUCAGAUAGAGAUAUGAAGUCAAUUGAUGCUGAUCACAAUCAACCAACACCAAACAAUUCAUCUGGUGAGAUGGAACGUCUGUCCAGUGAAAGUGAGUGUGAAAAAGGGAAAGACCAGCAAGAUCGGGAAGUUCUCCGGAAAAACAGUGAUUCUGACUCUGAGACUGAAGCAAACACCUCGCAAACCGUGCCAGAUCAAUGUACACUCGAAAUGCAGUCAAAUGAUGCUGAUAAUGACAACCAUUUGAAACUACUUCCUUCUAGUGCAGAUCGAGUCUCUACUAGAAGAACACUCAUGAAAUAUUAUAUCGGGAUCCCAUCUUUAUCUCUUCUUGUUUUUCUUAUCCUUUUUAUUAUUAGUUAUUAUUGCCCACCUCACUUACUGAUAUUUGCUGUUGUUCUUCUUCUUCUUACUCUUAUUUGUCUUCUUGUUCUUCUGGCCAAAUUUGUUGUGUCUUACUUGCUCCCCAAUAGGUUUACUACAGGAAGAAAUUAUGACUCACAGCACUCUGGUGUGAUAUAAUUUUUAAAGGUCCCUGUGUUAAUAUUGCACAAGGAAAGUGUGUACACUACCAAUCAAAAGUUUUUGAACAGUAAGAUUUUUAUUGUUUUUAAAGCAUUCUCUUCUGCUCACCAAACCUGUAUUUAUUUGAUCCCAAAUACAGCAAAAGCAGUAAUAUUCUGAAACAUUUUUACUAUUUAAAAUAACAGUUUUCUAUUUCAAUAUGUUUUAAAAUGUAAAUUACUUGACACAAAGUGCUCAAAAAAAGUUUUACCUGUUAAUACAAUAUUUGGGCCUUUAUAUUGGUUCAGUAUGUUUUAGUAUUUUUGUAGCAUUAGGCAUUAAAAUUCAUUUAGAUAAUGUGUUCAGGAUUUUAAGACAGAAAGUAAGCAAUAGAGUUGGAAUACACAAUAAUUUGGUAGAUGUAUUUUAUUGAUCAAGUGAUGACAAUGACUUCUUUAAUUAACAACUGAACAAAAGCUCAAAGAUGUAUUCAGUAAAGUUCAGUCGUUCCAUUUUCAAUGAUUCAAUGGUAAACUGGCUCUCUGUACAGAUGGAGAACCAGGUUUGCCUUGAGAAUCAUGUGAUUUACCAGAAUCAUUUCUUAUUGGAGAAGAGGAAACCGAGAUGUGUUUUCCAGAAACACCCGGGAGACGGUGUGACUGUAUUGUUAUUGUGAUGCAGCCACAGGUGCUCAGUCAUAAUAGCCUGUAUUUAUAUACUGCCAAUGUGAACACAAGAGGAGUUUGGCCACCUGCUCUUUUCCACUUCCAGCACUGAUCAUAGUAAACAGACAUCAAUCCACCAAGUGAAAGGGAUAUGUGGACUGUAGUUUUUCCAGGUUGAGAAAAAAAAAAACACUGUUUGUGUGUCCACAGUUGUGAGAGUUAACUCAAGAGAACUAAACAUUGCACAAUUAUUUGACAAAUUAAAUCUACUCUGUGACUUGAGUUUUACAUUCCAGACAUUUUUUUCCUUUAAAAGGGCCUUUUCUUUGGUUAAGUUGAUGUGAUAUUGGUUUUAUUAUAAUUCUAAAUGCAUACAUUGGAGAAGUCAUUAAAACUGAAACCCAGUGUGAGUGAGAGAUGUGACUACUGAAGACAAAGCGUAAAUAAAAUUUGAAAAUUUCCUGUAUCCACAUCUGCUGGCAUCUUUACAGAUGGCUCUACAAGCUUGAAAAAAGUGUAACAUGGAGUGACAUAAUGUACACAUUCCAUAAAACAUUGUCUUUAAUACUUGUGGUGGGGGAAACCAUUAGAAAAGGAAAUUCAAUCUGUGGGAUAAAAGGUAGGUUAAAUAUGUACUGUAUAUGUUUUUGCUCCUGCAUUGUAAACACUGAACAUUAAGAAAUUA